CAAAUGACUUUGAUGGCAUGCAGAAGCAGCCCCUGCUGUCUGUCUCCUGCUUGAUUUUGGAGUCAAGUACAAUGUAGUCCCACAGCCUGCAGGUGUCUCCCCCUGGAGAAGGCUGCAUAGCUCCUCAGCAUCAUGUGUGUUACGCUAGCAGAUGUUCACUUGCACUUCAUGCUGCCUCUGAGACAGACCUUAUGUGAUCCUUUCAGCACUCUUAGCCACGACACAUACCACAAUACAGCUACAUUUCUGCUGGCUGCAGCUGCUCUUGUAACACACCAAGACGGGAUUUCAAAUAAAGAGGAAAAUGGGAGGAUGGCUGCAGCAUUUCCUUCAAUGUUUCAGCAACAGAUUGGAAGAAGCUGAGAGUUUCUGUGACUGGAAAACCACAUUCUGAAUUGUGACGGGCUUUGAAUUUCCCAGCCCCAAAAAUCCACAUUUGAUUUCUUUUCUCUGCAGGAGUGGGUGGGUUACCAUGAAGACAAACCGAAGAUGCAGAGCCCUCCUAGCAGUGAGUCUGAACCUGAUGGCUCUCCUCUUCUCCACCACAGCCUUCAUCACAACCUACUGGUGUGAAGGGACUCAGAGGGUCCCCAAGCCAAACUGUGGGAAAGACAAGAAGACAAAUUGCCUCAACUACAGUGGGAAUGAGACGGCCAAUGAGACAAACCAGAAUGUGGUGCAUUAUAGCUGGGAGACGGGGGAUGACCGCUUUCUCUUCCGGUAUUUCCACACUGGGAUCUGGUACUCCUGUGAGGAAAAUAUCAAUGCUGCUGGUGAAAAAUGUCGAAGUUUUAUUGACCUUGCCCCGGCUUCUGAGAAAGGUGUCCUGUGGCUUUCGGUCAUAUCUGAAGUGUUGUACAUCACGCUGUUAGUCGUUGGGUUCAGCCUCAUGUGCCUAGAGCUCUUUCAUUCGAGUAAUGUGAUAGAUGGGCUCAAGCUAAAUGCCUUUGCCGCUGUCUUCACUGUGCUGUCAGGUCUGUUGGGGAUGGUGGCUCAUAUGAUGUACACCCAAGUUUUCCAAGUGACAGUCAGCCUUGGACCAGAAGAUUGGAGACCACAUUCAUGGGACUAUGGCUGGUCCUUCUGUCUGGCGUGGGGUUCUUUCACCUGCUGCAUGGCUGCCUCAGUCACUACAUUGAACUCUUAUACUAAGACUGUAAUUGAGUUCAGACACAAGCGCAAAAUCUUUGAGCAGGGCUUUCGAGAGGAGCAGACCUUCCUAGACCAGGAGGCAAUCAAGUACUUCAGAGAAAGGGCAGCGCAACACUCAGCUAUAAACGUUACUAAAGUGAGAAGGACCAGGAGUAGCCACAAUGCUCAGAAAACAUCCCCAUGUUCUACAUCGAGCUCCUCCAGCGAUACAUCAACCAAUGCCUCGCUUUCAUCAGAGCCUGUCAGCCAGACCUCCAUGUGGCAGAACCCAACCAUGCUGGAAGCUGUUCACAUCACUCAAUUGGCCCCAAGAGUAGUAUCAAGACCUAGAACAUUGGAGCAAAUGAAUCCAAAACUAGCAACAUCAGGUUCCAGUCCAACCAAUCCAAGGCCAAAUACAUCAUCUUAUUCCGCCAGCCUCAGACCUAAUCUAACAUCCAGCUCAGCCAAUCCACAGCAAGACCCAGAAUCCCAGGCAGGACUCAAUCUGACCUCCUCAUAUUCCUGUAGUCCUCACACAGCACAAACUCUACAAGCCUCACCAUCAGACCACACAGUGAUUCCAAGCAGGAAAAGCACAAGGCCUAAAGUGACAGUGAACCCCAGUGAUAGCUUGCAAUCUGCUGGCUACUCCAAUUCUGGGUCCACACCUACAGGAAGGCGUCUUGAACCGACUCAUGAAGAUCCCCUUUGCAAAAGCAGGAGAUUUGUAACCCUGAAGGAAUUCCAAGCCAUGGAGAGAGAACUGGAUGAUGUAAAAGAAGAACUGAAAUGCCUGAAGUGGAAGGUGAGACAUAUUGGUGAGACUGUUCCACCUCGCACAGAAGACAGCAAGCGUUACAGUGGCUAUACCCUGACUGAGCUUAAGGCAAUGGUGCAGUUUGAAAAUGACCCUUACAAAGCGGCACACAAAAUCCUAACUGCUCUCUUCAGUGAUGUGUACUUGCUGCAGCACUCUGUCACUGAACAGGCCUGCAAUUCAAACUCAGCCCCCAUGCCCAAGAUAGACCCGGAGCUGUACAUGGUGUACUGCAACAUUCUGAAAAGCCUAUUCCCGGGAAUUAGCAGCCAAACCCUGCGAGAAAAGACACAGCGUGUGCAGAAAAGAAUCCAGAAAGACGUCCAAUAAAACCAAGCAAAUCCAGCAUCUACAGAGGCCCAGAAACUCUGCAUUCUGUACAGAUUUCAGAGCAUUAAAUUGUGACAUUGUAUGUUACCUCUAUCUGCAAAUGCUUGGUGAGCUCUGAGUCUGUCACGCUACCCUUUCCUGAGGAGACAGGCCGGGAAGACUUUCUGUGCAGCUUUACAUUUGAAAGAAAAUGGCCCCUUAGAACUUCUUUCGACAUACUGAUGUUCCCUUGGUUCCAGCAGCAGCAAAUGCUGCCAAAAUAAGCCAAAGAAGGCACUGUGUGUGAGGGAAAGGGCCUCCUCUCAUGGCUCCAUGGAACAUGGCUCUCAUCUGGAUCCCAGCGCCCAGCUAGUUUCUAUUUUCUAUAGUGCGUCAUUCAUUAAAUUGCAUCAA